GCAAAAAAUCGAUUGUUCUUACAAACAGAACUUGUAAACAGAAUCAUUAAAAUUAAUUUAAGCACAUACAGUAUCAAGGAAUUGCACAGAAAUAUUGUAGCAUGGACUGCAAUCAUUUUAUUGAAGUUCCUCUACGUUCUGGUGGAGGAAAGAAAAUGAAGAAAAGGAGAGAACUUGACGCUUUGGUUGCGCAUUCCUUGACAAAAAGAGGCUCCCACCGUACUAUAAAUUCACAGGAUAAAUUGCUUUCAGUCUCCACCGAUGACCUUGAUGAUUUCGCAUGGAUGAGUGUUGCGAGCAUUCGACGAAAUAACAAGAAGCUAAUUUAUAUUCGGAAGUGUGGACCCGCGCUAUUCGGAAUUACAACAGUCUUUUUUGUGGCUAUAUUAUAUUGGGCAUACUUCGAUUUACGUCAACAAAUUUCCGAUUAUCAACAAAAAUUUGAGGAAGUUUCGGCAGUGAGUAAAGUAUUUCCGGAUACACUUCAGCAUUGGCAUGAGACGACGUCGUUGCUUAUAAAAAAUCAGUCGUUAAUCAUAUAUCAAUUGAAUGAUUUGACUCAAAGCGUAGAACUACUGGGUACCAAUCUAAGCAGCCUUCAAGCCACUGUAAACGCACAAAGGAAUUAUGGCCAGGAUCAAAAAAUUGUUGCUGACUUUGGAGCCAAAUUGGAGGCUGUUGUCACAGACAUGGAAGUGGUAAAGGAACAUCUUAAUAACUAUGUCGAUGUUCAGAAAAAUCUUAAACUUGAAACGGAUAUUAUGAAGGGCAAUAUAAGUCAAUUGUCUACCGUUCAAGCUAAUUCUUCUUCAUCGACCAAUUGUUCAAAGGAUGUUAGCCAACUCAAAGAUACUAUGGAAAAUACACUGAAAAAUGUGAAUAAUCAAAUUGUUAAUGUCAAUAACACGCUAAGCCAAACCAUUAAUAUUCUGCACGGCGAGAUAAUGGAAUACAAAACAAAGUUGGAAGACCUUUUGGAUCGCUUUCAGAAUAUUACUUCGCAUGUCGCCACAUUAAGUAACAAUUGGCUGCAAUUCAAGCAGAAAAUGACAAUUGUCGACGAACAAUUGAGCAAAUUUAAUGAAAAGAACAAAGAAAAUGAUUUAAAAGAUCAAGUGUAACAGCAGCCAAUGCAUAAUUAAAGACAACCACUUCAGCAGCAGCAGCAGCAUUACCAGCAACUAGGACAACAACAGCAGUUAAAACAACUUUAACGACCCUGCAGCAACACCUGUAGUUGACACUACAGUUCCAGCUAUGACAAAAUCAACAGCAGCUGCCUGCAGAAGGUUAAUCAGCAUUUAAACCAUUAAAGCAGUUAAUUUAAAGUCAAAUUGACUAUGGCAGGGAUAAGCAAUGGAUGCAGUAAGGACAUCUGCAACAGCAGCAAUAUGAGCAGAAUUAUAAACUAGACACCAUCAACAACAGCAAAAUCAUUCUUUUGAUUUCGCGCCAGAUGAAGAGGCUUUCAAAUAAUAUACCAAAUUGACCGGAACUUUAAUAUGUUGAACGCCAUUGGCUGCAGCAAUUAAAGUUCGUUAUUUGCCGCUACAAAAUCAACUUUGUAUUGACCCUAGUCAAAAUUAAUUUGAAGGAUAUUUUGAAUAUCUGACAAUGAGCAGGGUCCUGCGAGACUGUUUAUGGCGGCCAGCUGACUUGCCAUACGUAACGAUGAAGAGUUAAGCAUUUGCGGAAGUGGUGCAGAAGCAGGAGCAGAGGAUAAACGACUUUCGUAUGCAGCAGUUCCAGGAGACUUGCUGCUACCAGCUCUAUUAAGUUAGUUAUAUGUCAGGACACCAAAAAAACACUACUUGAAAUACAAAUCGUAUAAAGCAUUUAGUGUAUGCACAUGAGCAGCACUAAGCUGAUAUUAAUGUCUAAUAAUAUAUUGUAAAUUUUGUAAAUAUGUUAAAGAUCUUUAGUCAACGAUCAAUUAUAAAGCUUUAAGUUCAACUUUGUUUAGUUUUAUGAA